AUGCAUUACCCAAGUUCUCUGACACAGAAGAGAGGGGUUGCAGAGGGGAAGUGUCUUCUGCGGUACUGCUCGGGCUGGGGUUCCCUCCUGCCCCACAGCUGGACCUCGGCCGGGGCCCUCCUACCCCACCCCUUCCCAGGAGUCACGUGGCCGGGAAAGCCUGCAGCCCCGCACCCCUCCAGACGGCUCCGCAGGACAGCCCGGGAAACCGCCCCUCCUGUGGGCGGAGGUCCCCGAUCCCCGAGGACCCCUCCCCUCAGCAAUGGCUUUCCCAGGUCUUCCGGCGGCAGGGCCUUCCCCCAGAAGGAAGUCUCCUCGGUCGCAGGGAAAGUUCUCGAGCUGCAGGAGUCCCCGGCGGCCUGGGCCUGUCCCCGCGUCCCCCCUCCCCCCCCCCCCCCCGCUCUCCCGCCGCAGCCCCCUCCCCUCGAGCUCCCGCGCGGUGGAGCCAGGCUGCCCCGGAAGGAUCUGACCGGCCACUUCCUGCAAUUGUGUCUCUGGACGGAGUCCUCGGGCGUCCAGCGCUCCCAGUCUCCCCCCGGAGCCCGGGUCUCUCACGUCCCCGCCCCCGUUCGCCGCCCGCGGCCGUCCCUCCGCUCCCCUCCCGGCAGCCAGCAGCUCGGCCGGGCGUGCGUGGUUACCGGGGCAACCGGCCCGGCCGGCGUGCGUAGUUACCGGGGCACCGGGGGGGGGGGGGGGGGGGGGGGGGGGCUGGGGGCUGAGCUCGCGCUAGCGGAGAACCCGAUCGGCUGCGCCUCAAGCGGCGGGCCGGGGGCGCGGAACCUCGAGGGGAGUCACCGCACCAGGCGAGGUGGGGGGACGGCGCUGGCUCCUUCCUCACCCCGGACCGCCGCUGCCCUGAACACAGCCCGCCCGCCCGCCCGCCCUCCAGGUCCCGCGGGGCGUGGACUCCGGGAAGAGGCUCUGGGAGCUCGGAGGAGGGGCCUGUCUGCGCCUGAUGGAUGGCACUGA